AGUAGUCACCAGGAUGUAUCUAUACCACUUGUCUCUUAUUACUGGUUGGCACGUUUUGCAGGAACAUUAUAUUUGCUUCUGCAUAUCAUGUGAAUGCAGUUGGUUCCGCUUCACUGAAAUCCAGUGACAAUCCCGACAAUGUUCCUAUGCCAAUAGUUCUAAUUGACCAAGACUCAGAUUCUGAAGCAACAAUUGUGCAGCUUAGCUUUGGGGAUCGCCUUGGAGCUCUUCUUGACACGAUGAAAGCAUUAAAAGAUCUGGGACUGGAUGUUUCAAAGGGAACUGUCUCUACGGAGGGAUUAGUCAAGCAAACGAAAUUUUUCAUUACACAAUCAGAUACUGGGCGCAAAGUUGAAGAUCCUGAUAUGUUAGAGAGAAUUCGACUUACCAUCAUUAACAAUCUGUUAAAAUAUCAUCCUGAGUCAAGUGAACUACUAGCGAUGGGUGAAGUGUUUGGCAUAAAGUCUCCGAAGAAGAAGCGUAAUGAGGAUAUCAAAACUCAUAUACAGGUUAAGGAAGAUGGGCCCAAGAGGAGCUUGCUAUGUAUAGAGACGGCAGAUAAGCCUGGAUUGCUUGUUGAAAUCAUCAGAGUCAUUUCAGAUGUGAACAUUGAUGUUGAAUCGGCUGAGAUUGAUACAGAAGGUUUGGUUGCUAAGGAUAAAUUUCAUGUCAGUUACGGUGGGGCUGCAUUGAACAGUUCGAUGUCUCAGGUUUUGGUGAAUUGUCUUCGUUACUACCUGCGGACGCCAGACACAGAUAUUGAUAGUUACUGAAGGAACCACCUUUACCUGCUAAGCAAGCCACUAUAACUGUUCGCACACCAAAUUAGCCGUGACCUCGUGAUCACGAGCUAGAGUCAUACGGUAGCUUUACUGCUACCACAUUAUGGAACGGGUACGUGUUGCUCUUGUUGCUUAUGGAACCUAUGAAUGAAUACCUGUAACUAAUUAUGGAACGAAUAGAUGUUCUGUUGCCUAUGGUAUGGGAUCUAUGGAUACCUGGAACUUACUGAUCACCCCUUAAAUCAGAUAUGAAAGCUAAAAACAAUCGGAACAUGAAUUUUGCCUCA